AUGCCAAUUCUUGGAAAAGAGAUUACUUCAUUCAAUGGACCAGAUGAAGAUAGUCACGUAUACGGAGAAAGAAUUCGAGAUAUAACCGAAUUUCGCGAGCUUGCAGAAAAGCGUCAAGGGUCGCGCGAUGCAGGAGCCCAGCUUUUUACUUCUCUUUUAAGAGCUGUUGGUCUGGAAGCAAGGAUGGUUGCUAGUCUCCAGCCGAUUGGAUUUGGAUGGAGUAAGUUCGAAGACUACAACCCGAAAGAGAAGGCAAAUCGUACGGGGAAGAAGAUUGAUAAAGAUCUUCGUUGUCCGAUAUAUUGGUCUGAGGUUGUAUCCCCCGUUACGAAUGAUAUCAUACCUGUAGAAGCCCAUGUCCUUCCGUUCUACCUGGCUACGACUCCAGAGCGCAUGGCAAUGUUUGAACCACAGGCACCUAAAGCGGAGAAGGCUAAGCAGGUCAUAGCAUAUGUGGUUGCAUAUUCUCCAGAUGCAACCGCCAAAGAUGUCACCACCCGCUACCUGAAACGACAAGUUUGGCCUGGAAAGACGAAAGGAUUUCGAAUACCCGUGGAAAAGAUUCCCUACAACAAAUCUGGAUCUCGUUCAUAUUACGAAUAUGACUGGUUCAAGAUUACAAUGAGGGGUUACCUUCGGCCGGCGGGCAAAAGAACAGCCGCUGACGACAAAGAAGAUAAAUCACUUGCUCCCGGCCUGGCGAAGAGUAAGCCAAAGGAGGGCGAUACGCUACAGAGUCUGAAAGCAUCGGAUGAGUUUGUCCUAGAGAGAUUCCUGAAAAGGGAAGAGGCCCUCCGCUCCGGCGCAACUCAUGUGCGAACAUUCAUAACUGGGAAAAACGAGAAGAAGAAAGAGGAGAAGGUUUAUAAGCGGGCGGAUGUAGUAAGAUGCCUUUCCGCAGAGAGCUGGCACAAGGAAGGACGGAAAGUCAAGCUAGGAGAAUCACCACUCAAGCUUGUACCUAUCAGGGCGGUAACGUUGAAUCGAAAGCGUGAAGUUGACGAGCUUCGACGUGAGACGGGCGAAAAGCCAAUGCAAGGGCUAUACGCUCUAUAUCAAACCGAAUUCAUAAUUCCACCGCCCAUCCAGGACGGGAUAAUACCUAAAAACGAAUAUGGAAAUAUCGAUUGUUUUGUUCGCUCCAUGAUCCCACGGGGUGCCGCGCAUGUUCCGUUCCCUGGAACCGUCCGUGUUUGCAAGAAGCUCGGUAUAGACUAUGCAGAAGCGGUUACAGGGUUCGAGUUUGGGAGUAAGAUGGCCGUUCCUAUAAUCCAGGGAGUAGUCGUUGCUGCUGAGAACGAGAAUCUUUUAAAGGAUGCAUGGAUAGCAGAUGAACAGGAAAAGAGGAGGAAAGAGAAAUUAAAACACGAUAAACUUAUCCUUGCUACCUGGCGGAAGUUUAUCAUGGGCCUUCGCAUUAAUGAUCGACUCCAGGAGGAAUAUGGCGCGACAGGUGGUGCCGAAUCUCAGAAUCCAUUUGCCAGCCGGGAAAACCCAGGAUUCCCUCAAUCUAUGGAAGAAGAUAGCCAUGACCACGAUACGGGAGGCGGAUUUCUUGUUCCAGGAGCGGACGAGGAUACAAAUGAUGGUGGUGGCUUUUUGGUCGAAGACGAGGAGCCAUACAGGGGCCGACACCAAACAACUUCCGCCAAAGCAGAUGAGCAGGAAGACAGUACGCUAUCUGAUAUCAGUGAUGCGCCUUCUGUCAUUUCCGAACCUCUAUGA